AUGACCCGAGGUGACAGCGGUGGUCUCGGGACUGCCGCAGGCGACAACGACAGAGGCGAUGGGACUCGAGAAGGGUUGAAUGCAGCUUUUAGCAGAGAGAAAGAUGGGAUUGGGCUGAGACGCGAUAACAUACCGUUGUUGUCGUUGGGACGGGAGUCAGAGACAGUGACGGGGGAAGUGGUGCGGUGGGGGUGGGCGUUAUUAGGGGAAGUGGAAUUGUGUUGGGCACACGUAGAAAUAGAAAAAGCGCUGCUGCAAGGGCAGGUGCCCUCGUCUGGUUCACAGAUUCUCGAUUGGGAAAUACCAGAUCGAGAUCCAUUUCUGCAACCACUCUCUGGGGAUUGA